CAAGCUAAAGUUUGUUGAUUUGUAUGCGAUUUCCUGGAAUUUAGGAUUUAUAUUUUAGUUUUACUUAGUUUAAAUAUUAGCUUGAUCAAAUUUCUUAAAGUCUCCGAAUCCGAUUUUUUUGUAAAUAUAUUAAUAUUUGCCAUUGCUGCCGCAAAUACUAUCUCAACAUUCACGUAUCCAACCGUUUCCAUAGCAACAUUUUCAGAGGAGAUAUGGAGUUCCUGCAGUGGGACACUGAAGAUGUUGCAAAGUGGGUUGAGUCUAUAGGAUUUUCGAAAUACAAAGCUUGUUUCACCGAGAAUUUCAUCACCGGAAGGAAGCUCAUUCAUGUCAACUGUAACAACUUGCCAAAACUUGGAGUCACGGAUUUCAGAGACAUGCUGGUCAUCUCCGCUAGCGUACGCCUGCUGCUGGGGAUCACAGAGACCCCGUGGGACAACAGCAUCGCUGACCCCCGGCGGGACACCAUGGCCCUGUUCUUGGAAGUAAAGAGCCGCACGGGACGAUGGACCGACUCCCUCACCUACCAUCACUUCCUGUACUACUUGGAAGACCCGGACGCUGAGCCGGAGGACGAGGAGGACGAGGAGGACGAGGAUGACGAGGACGACGAGGAAGAGGACGACGAGAACGAGGAUGACAAGAACGAAGACGACAAGAACGAAGACGACAAGAAUGAGUUCGACAAGAACGAGUUCGACAAGAACGAAGACGACAAGAACGAGUUCGACAAGAACGAGUUCGACAAGAACGAAGACGACAAGAACGAGUUCGACAAGAACGAGUUCGACAAGAACGAGGACGACAACGAUGAGAAUGAGAGCGAGGAUGAAGAGCAAAAAUAUAUAUAAAUAUAUAUAAACAA